AUGCCAGAGGAGGGUCAUCCAGAAAUCAUGAAAGCUGACACAAUAGGUCGAGUAUACACUGUACAUCCAAACAAUGCCGAAUGUUUCUAUCUCCGGAUGUUGUUACACGAAAUACGGGGACCAACAAGCUUCACAGAUCUCAGGACUAUUAACGGCUACCUAUGCCAGACGUACAGAGAAGCAUGUCAACGCUUAGGAUUAUUGGAAAACGAUAACCACUGGGAAUUAACACUACAAGAAGCUACACUCAUAGCUUCAGCUGAACAAUUUCGAGAGUUAUUCGCCAUAAUUCUAACAACAUGUAACCCAUCGAACCCAAAACAACUAUGGGACGCUUUCAAGAGGAGUAUGAGUGAUGAUAUAUUGUACCAAAUCCGACAAACUAAUCCAGAACUGACUAUAGAAUUCAAUGAUGACAUCUUCAAUGAAACACUCAUUCGCUUAGAAGAUAAAUGUUUAGCAAUAAAUAACCAGGCUUUAGUAGAACUUGGAAUGCCAGCACCACAAAGAAAUGCUUUCAGUGUGUUAAACUACGAAAUUACAAAGGAAAAAAGCUACAACGUCAAUGAACUGCUUGAAUACAUUGCUCACAACAAACCACUCCUCAAUGACAAUCAAAAAAAAGUUUACGACGUUAUAAUGGACCGGAUAAUUAACAACACUGGUGGAAUUAUUUACUUGGACGCACCAGGAGGCACCGGUAAAACGUUUCUACAAAAUCUAAUACUGGCAGAAAUACGUGUUAAAAAACACAUCGCACUGGCACUAGCAUCAUCCGGCAUUGCAGCCACACUUAUGGAAGGACGAACUGCCCAUUCUGCUUUACAACUACCGUUGAAUAUAGCAGAACAACAAUUCCCGGUAUGUAAAAUCUCAGGAAAAUCUGGACGGGGUCAAUGUCUAAAACAAGCUAAAGUUAUCUUAUGGGAUGAAUGCACCAUGGCCCAUAAAAAAUCACUUGAAGCAAUGGACAGAACAUUACAAGAAUUGCCAAAAAACUCUGAAAUAAUGGGAGGAGCUCUACUCAUACUGUCGGGAGAUUUUCGACAAACACUUCCAGUUAUUCCCAAGUCAACACCAGCAGACGAAAUCAAUGCAUGCUUAAAAAAGUCACAUCUCUGGUCACAAGUACAAAUACUGCAAUUAACAAAAAACAUGAGAGUUGAAUUAUCAAAAGAUGAAACAACAGCACAUUUUGCUAAAAUACUUUUACAAAUAGGUGAAGACACAUAUCCUACUAACCAAACGACCGGCCUCAUUGAACUCAAUAGUGAUUUCUGUAACAUAGCCACUACUGAAAACGAUCUAAUCGACAAAAUUUAUCCAAAUUUUGUUCAGAACUAUACCAACGUAGAGUGGUUAUUUCAAAGAGCAAUUUUGGCUACUAAAAAUAAUGUUGUUGACGAUAUCAAUUUUAAUAUUCUAAAGAAAAUACCUGGUGAAGAGAGAAUAUAUAAAUCGAUGGACACGAUGGUAUCCAGCGAGGAAAGUGUCAACUUCCCCACAGAAUUUCUAAACUCUUUACAAGUACCAGGAAUGCCAUUACACUGCCUUCGUCUGAAAAUUUGA